GAUGGAAAGUCUUGUCCUUGUACAUGCGUGCCUUGCAUGUCGUCAUGGCUUGUGAAUCAUCACAGGCCAUCCAAUGACGGUGACGCAGCGCAUCGUCACGUGUGCGUUGCUUGUGAAUCGUCCAAUGAGGAAAGGCCGGGGUGACGUAGCGCGCAGUGAUAUCGAGCUCUUAGGCGAGGGUUAUGUGGACCUGCUUUCAGUGACGACGUCGUUGUACUUUGACGUGGUUGCUACGUUUCUGCCAAUUUGCCCACUCGGGUUGCGGCAAACUUGGUGACGAGAAAUACGUAACUGCUUGCUGCACUCCUCUGCGGCUGCUGCUACUACUACUCGAAAGUUCAGCGGGCAUUCUGAGUGGGGCUCGGUCGUAGCAAUGGUUGCCGGGGGUGGUUGGUGGUGUGCGCCCGCUGAGGCUGCCGGGUGGCGUGUGCUGUGUUGUCGUGGCUGGCCAGCGCUGACCCCGCUUGCAUGGCCAUGUAGAUGGAAGUGCUCAUGGAAGAAGGAGCGACCGUGGUGACCAGCAGUGCGCCCGUAUCGCGUGCCUCCAGCACGACCACGGCAGCACGCUCCAGCCCGGCUCCCAGCGCGGUAGUGGUCACCUCUGCCCAGGGGCGCACCAACGGCACUGUGGUGUUUGCCUCGCCGGCACAGGUCAAGCAGCUCAAUGUGGUCCCUUCAGCCACGACACAAGCGCUGGCAGUGCAACAGCCCGGCGGAGGUGUGUCCAUCGUGCACGUGUCUAUCCCCAACCAGCCCAUGCACGUACAGUCAGUGAUACAGCCCAACCAGCAGUCCGUGAUUCAGGCCGCUGGAGGGGCAGCUGCCCUGCAGACAUUGGGCAAGAAUGUCAUAUUGGUAAAUAAGGGCUCAGUGAUCCACAGUGCCGACGGUGAUGCUGGCGUCCACCCUGUCCAGGUAACACCGCCUGGACUUGCAAAACAUGCGCUUUUGUCAUCCUAAACGCUGCCCGGAGCU